AUGUCAGAUAAAAGGGUUAAGAAGAAGAAGGAGCGCCUGCGCAUCUUCCUGUGCCGCUUGUGGUUGUGUUUACACUCGUGUUUUCAUGUUAAUGGCCACACAAGUUGUAUCAGUCCAUCACUGCACAUCAUGACCACAGAGCCUGCUAGCCUGGAGCACCUGCAUGUGCUGUACCAGUGCGAUGACUACAUUGUGGUGGACAAGCACUGGGACAUCCGCAUUGACAGCAAGAUGUGGUACGAGAAACACACAGUGCAGGCUCAACUUCGGCACCGCUUCCCUCAGCUGGCAGACCCGAGCACCUACUAUGGAUUCAGGUUCUGUCAUCAGUUGGAUUUCUCCACCAGUGGGGCUCUUUGUGUCGCCCUCAACAAGGCUGCGGCCGGCCGGGCCUACCGCUGCUUCAAGGACCGCACCGUGACCAAAGCAUACCUCGCCCUGAUUCGUGGCUGGGUGGAAGAACAAACACAAACUCUGGACUUCUCCAUCGGCAAGAACUCCUCGGAAGGAAAAACACACAUGAUGUGCAUUGAAGGAACAGAAGGCUGUGAAAACCCCAAGCCUUGCCAAACUGAGCUGACAGUGUUGGAAUAUGGGUUGUAUGAUGGAGAUCCUGUCACCAAGGUGCUACUGCAGCCACUCACUGGCCGAACCCACCAGUUAAGGGUCCACUGCAGUGCAAUAGGCCACCCCAUUGUUGGGGACUUCACCUACAGCUCAGGAGCAGACAAUGCCCCGUACCGCAUGAUGUUGCACGCCCACCUCCUCCACAUUCCCCUGGAACCCCAACCCCUGCUCGUCUCUGCUGGAGACCCCUUUAUCCCCUCGGUGGACCCCAAGUGGCUCCCGCAGCGGCCAUUACGGACAUUGGCAGCCACUGUGGAAGCCCUGCUGGAGCACAGGGUGGAGGAGGACAGGAGGAUUAAAGAGGAGGAGAGAGAGAGAGCGAGAAGAGAGGAGGAGAGGAGGAAACAAAGCCAGGAACAGAUGACUGAGGAGGAGAGCGAGGAACAGAGGAGGCAGUGUCAGGGGUGGCUGAGUGAAUGGGCUGGCGACUGAUGGAGUCUUUUAUAUUAUUAUUUAUUUUAAUUUAUUUUAGCCGUUUACUUAUGAAAGCCAUGUUGAGCAUGUACACUCCAUCUAAGUGACCACUGGAUUGCAUUUAAAUGGCAAAAUAUUGAACCAGCAUUGUAAUCCCCUACAAACCAUUUAUUAACAUUAUGUCAGUAAAAACUUGUGUGAGCAUGUAAACUGCUGCGCUCUAAAACAGUCCGUACCACUGGGAGCUGCCCACGAUAACCAGUCUUUUGCAGUGGGUCAGUGAGUAGCUCCACUUCAGUCGCUGACAAAUAAGUGCCUUGCUCACGUUUAUGUUAAGAAGGGAGGGGUUGGGUUGAUGUCAGUCAUUUCCUAACUAAUGUAAAAGUUUUUAAUCAGUGACUUUUUUUGUCACAAAUAUGUGCUGUGAAAUGUCAGCUGAAUCUAACACAAACUGUUAUCCUAUCUAGCCAUGCAGAUAAUUUUCGGAUAAUGUGCCAGAGUUAUGAGAUAUUUGCCUCUGAUGUGAACAGCAGCAGCUGAUCUGGUUUUGCGUACAAACAUGCUGGUAAACCUGUGUGCUUUGUCACAUAUGCUGCAUGAUGCUGACAUAUAUGAAAUACCUUCUAAAAGAUUAAAAUCUAUACUGUAUGUUUGUGUUUUGAAAAAGUAUUCAACUGCCUGUCUUAGUGCCUUUCAUCCUCUCUAACCAUUUUUCAUGUUUUGUUGUUUUACAGCUUUGAAACACGUUUAACAUAUAAAAUGUCUAUUAAAAAAAUGUCUACAAAUUAAACCUUAAAAAAAGAAGUCA